AGAUAUGUAGGAAUCAAUGCCACAGAAAUCAACCAUUCAGCUGGUCGAUACCAUCCGGGGCAGUCUCCUCCUUUAGAAGCUGGCUUAGAGGUAAGAGUUAAAAAAAUCUGGAGCCAAGAUCCCUUAAAACACCCAUAUACGAUGGAACCCUGCCUUAUGGCCACUUCGUUGUUAUGGCCACCUUGUUUUGGCCGCCCAGCAAAAUGGCCAUACGUUUUCUUGUAGAGAAACCCUCGUUAAUACGGUCACCUCGUGAUUAUGGCCAAUUUUUUUUUGGCCCAUUGGUGACCGUAUUAACAAGGUUCCACUGUAUUACAUGCCAACUCUCCAGGGUUAUCCAGAUUUCUCCAUGAUAUAGCACAAAUCUUCAAGUCUUCUACAGGUCAGCGUUCUCUUAGUUUGGAAGUUAGUCGAUUACUCCCAAAACUUUGAAACGCUUUUGAUCAUAGUAUGGUUUCCAUGGUUUUUUUGGACGUAUUUUCAUCUCUGACAAGACCGUCUCGUCAAAAAAGCAAAUUUUGAUAGUCUAAAUUUCAUGUAAGACUUUGUAUAAUGUCCUGAGCCAUCCCAAUCUGUUAUAAUUUGGGACUGGGUCGAUUUGUGUUGGUGGAGGGGGUGGGAGGGUAAGGGGGGGUAAAAAGGGGGUGGUUGAUGUUUGCAAAGUACGGCAAAAGAGACGGUCUCCGGAUUUUAAAUUAUUCUCCAGAGGUUGGCAUGUCUGGAAACUCAUAUUUCCAUUGCCAUAUGAAAAAACACUUGCUGUUGUUUUUAAGGUUGGAAACGUGCCUUGUUUGGGUCGUCAUUCAUCUAUAGUUUUGUAACCCAAUAAAACAUCUUGUUCUUAGAGCUUGGUGGUGCCAUCAGAAAAUAACAUAAUACCUUUAUCUUGUUUGGAGCUAGACGGCAGGCAGUCUCUUAUUUUUCUUUGCAAAUUUACUGCAUGCGAAAGCCAAGCACAUGCCGUGAUAAAUGAGGGUGUAAGCCGGAGAAGAAAAAAUAAGAGACUGCUGACUUUGUUGUCCUGUCUGGGGACAACGAAGCUGUCAAGGAAAUUUAAUUAACCAAUUAGACCCAAGAAACGUGAAACAGUUUAUAACAAAACAUAAACUACUGAAUAAUUUAUGGUAAGAUUGCCUGGAAUUUGUUUCCUUGAGGAAAUUUACACCAGUUUUCUCCUGUAAGAUAUCCUAAAACAUUUUAGUUUACAAAUGUUUACUGCUUGAUUCGUUAUUGUUCGUAGUUGGUUAAAUCUUAGUCUUGACGUAUGACUAUUUUUACCGCUUGCAACUCCACCAGAGACCUGUCAAUGAUCUGUCAACAGCUGUUAAAUUGACCAAUCAGUUACUCUAUUUCUGGGCUGACAGAGGGUUUUUUACUUCAAGGACCGUGUUUGCAAUUCUACAGGCUGAGAUAAGAUCUAGAUGGAUUUUAACAGAAAAGGUGGACUGCCAGCAGUCUAGUUUGGGGCUCAUGACAUUGAUCAUACAUAACAUUUUUCUUAAUAGGGUAUAGGAGAAGUGGUGUCAACAGGCGAGAAAUGUACAGAUGUUCCCAUUGGUCAAGCUGUAGGAUAUUUUAAGUAUGGAAGCUUCUCAGAAUACAUGGUUAGUGUUUGUUUCUGAUCUACAAAAUAAUAAUAAAAACUGUUGUGUCAAGCUUGGAGUAUUUCCUGGUUUUCCUGCUUCUCUGAUUCUUGUCUAACAAUGGUACUUCUUUUCGUUGAAAGCAUUCCACCCUAAAUUGGUCUUAUAUCUCCAUACCAUUAUUUUGUGCUGGAAACGCUAAUAUUAUAAAGCUGAAGUUUUUUUAUAGCAAUCUUUGUUCAUUUCUCUCGGCGGCCUCCCUCUUAGACUUACGGUAUCUUUAUGAGUUGAUGACUGGCAGCAUUGGUUCAAGGUUAACUUAGCCUAAAUAAAAUCUAGCCACAUUUAAAAUUCUGAAUCUGCCACUUAGGAUAUUUAUUCCAUGUACCUAUUUUUUAUUUUCAUUUUACAAUUUUUCUUUAGACAAUUCCUUCAAAACAUGUGUUCCCCCUACCAAGAAUAGAUCCAGCUUAUGUUUCCUUGCUAAUCAGUGGACUGACUGCUGGUAUUGCUCUUGAAAAAGUAAGUGGAAUAUUUAAUGGCUACUGUAAUAAUAUUAAACUUGCAGUGUACUUAGUUGGAGAUGUGCAUGAGCUUGCUUCCCAAAACUUUUAUAGGUAUCCAAAAAUGAUCCACCCAUACCCCGUAGGCCAGUAUAGGUGGAUCACCCCACCCCUCCGAUAUCUCUAGUUUCACUUAUUAUUUUCUCCAACACUCACAGUUUGCAAAAGCCUGCUCACAAUCAGCUCUAAAUAUGGUUGCGUCUGCGGGCUAAGUUUGUAAUGAUUGUCACUAAACAGCUGUUGAUGAUUCCUUGAAAACGUAAGCAUUUGAUUUUCAUGAACACAAAAUUUUCUCUUACCAUUAUCAGACAUACAUUUUUAUUUUAAAUUUAUUGACCCUCUUGACCCAGUUCCUCGAAAGAUGGUUAAGUUUAACCAAGAGCACAGUCCUCUUGAACAUGUAACUUGAGCUUACAAAUACUGUUGAGUCUUUACUCUGAGAUACAGUUAUGAUAUAAACAACAAAAGUUACUCCAAGCAGGACAUAGGAAGGUAAAUACAAAAACAGGAACAAAUUUUUAAUCCUGGAUUAGCACUCUUUGAAUUGGCCUUUCAGGAACCAGGUACAGAAGUGUAUUAGAGUGCUUUUUCUCCUCAGGUUGGUGAAAUUAAGAAGAAUGAAACAGUUCUAGUGACAGGUAAAUAUAAACUAACACUCCCAAAAUUCCCCUUUCCCCUAUUAAUGAUCAUUAACACCUCCUGGGCAGGCUAACUAAUUUAUUAUUAUCUUGUGCAUUGAAAAACUACUCAAUCAAAGAUAGAGCCUUCUUGACUAUCUUAAGUUUCAGAAACUGUGAAUGAAUAAAGUAAUCUGACAGGCAGGAUCCUGAGCUAAGUUUCUUCACAAAUUUGAUUUUCAUGCAAGUUUUACUUUGAAUUAUAUCCUGUCAUUUUAUCCUACAGCUGCAGCUGGUGGAACUGGUCAAUUUGCGGUAAGUAAAAAAAAUAACACCAAUGACACUUUCAAGAGCUCUUUGUAGCCUCAUUGUUCUUCACUGAUGGAGACCAUUAUGACAAGGAAAUCCUCGUGUUGCAGGUUCAACUCGCUAAAUUGGCUGGAUGUCAUGUGAUAGGCACGUGUUCAACAGAUGCUAAAGGGGAGUUUUUAAAGGUAAGUCUUUUGAUGUUUCUCCUGGGGCCCCUUUUCUCGAAGGUAUCAGUUGCUCGGGCUAGCAGGAAAGCUGUGAGAUUGUCGCGUUUUCAAAUUCAAGCUUGAAGUUGUAAAUUUUAUUUUACAUUGUUAGAAAGGUUUUUCCAUAGAACAAGAUGUAAAUAUAAAUAAGCUACCAAACAUGACCCAUUUGGCCAAUCUGAAAACGAAUGUUAUAACCGAAAUAUGAACUUAUCAUAGUUCAAAUACAAAUGCCCCUCUAGUGCCACUGGAAAAGCGCAUCAGAUGACAAAGAGGACAAAGAUACUCUUCUUAUAAAAGGGAGUUGAGUGCCUUCUUGAUGCUGGGAAGUGCCAAAGUUAAUGAAAACUAACCGAAAUUGGUUGUUCUUAACUUUGUGACAUUGGGAGGAGGAUCGAGAAGGUUGGCCGAUAAAAGAAAAGACUCUCAUUUUGCUGGUUAGGAAUUAAACAAAUUCAAAUGUACAGUAGCCAUGCGAAGUUCCCCUUGAUACACCGAUCCCAUGGAAAAUAACAACGCUGGGACUACUGUUGUGCUUAAAAGGGUUCAAAGAGAAAAUCCACUCCUUCUUGUUAUCCUGCGUAACAUUCGCUUCAGUUUCCAUUUAGCCAUGCUGGAGAAGAGCAGAAGAAGUGCGCGGGCAUUGGCUAAAACCAGGGUGGAUAAACCGUCCUGGGUAAAACAGAGCAAAGAAAUAGCAGUGUUUGAAGCGGGGAGGUUUGUUGAGGUUGCAUGCCCCCGCGGGUUCCCCUGCAUGGUUAAAUGAACACGGAAAUGACUGUUAUGCAUCCUACGCCUUCUUCUGCUCUAUGACAGCUAGAAUUCUAGCAGUCCCUUUUCACCCAACUAAGUCAAGGCUUUGGACUGGAGAAAGGAAACGACCCGAGCGGGAACUCCUGUUUGCCUCAUUUGCUUGUUUGUGGCAUGCUCCCUCGUUAGAAAAUCCUGCGGGACUGUAAGCAGUCUUUAUGGCAACACCCAUCGGAGAUUAACAUAAAGUUUUUAAAACGAUGUUUGACCCGCGGGAAAAAGCAGACAAUAGCACUUGUAAAGCAUGUAUCUAUUUUCUUGUAUAUCUACAGCAACUGCACCUCAUUUCCCGUCGAUCCGGAUGAGAAUUGGAAAAUACAGUAUAGUAACAUAUUCAUGUAUAUGUUUCUUGUUAGUCUCUUGGUUGUGACCGGCCAGUAAACUACAAGACUGAGAACCUGGAUCAAGUACUGAAGAAAGAGUAUCCCGUAAGUGUGAAUCUGAUGACAUUUUUUGUUGCUAGCGGCUUUUGUUCAGCACCUCUCGCUUCCGCAAACAGCAAUUUGCCCUUCCCAACUUCCCCUGCGUACACAUGCUUUCGUUUUUCCCUUUCCCCAACCUCUCUAAGACACAAAGGGGCCUCUACGUAGGAGAGGUACAUUCCAUCUGAACUGCUUAAUAUCGACGCUGUAAUGACGGAUUGCGGAUGUGUCCGUAUGAUAAAAGUAACAAUGGCCUCUUUGAGUCUCUGCAGCUGGUCAUUCACGUGGUACAAAACCCCUAUGCGGGAGGGCAAGGGAUGCACUGGCACAAGACGAACAGAGGAAAUUACCACUUUUAAUGAUGUUAUCUCUUUGUUUGUCUUGUCCCAGUGUUUCUCUUGACUCCGUACACUCGCGAAGCAAUUGACUGCGAACAACAUCUAACUUCAUUUUCUAGACCCACAUGAGGAGAUAUAUAGCGGCGGAGGCAACGAGAGCAACUCUGCCAAGUAUCGCGUUAGUAAUAAGUACAUUUUAUUCGACGCUCCUUAAACAACUACGCAAGUCAACACAAGACAUGGAGAUUUUAUAUCUCUUUCUGGACUUGGCAUAGGUGCCGUCGCUACGCUUGAUUUAACCCCAGAAAAAUUCGUUCAUGUUCGAUAAUUAAAACACAUCAGAAUAAUCGUAAUGAAGGUUUGAAAAAACGCAACGUUUUCAUUGCUGUCGCUACUUGCGUUAUUUGCCUUCUAGCAAAUGUCGUCGUCUCCGUCUGUCACGGAAGACAAUGUAUGCGCCGGAAAUGUCAGUUCGCUGCGGAGCAGUGUUAUUUGUCUUCUAGCAAAUGUCGUCGUCUCCGUCUGUCUCGAAAGACAAUGUACUACGCCGGAAAUGUCAGUUCGCUGCGGAGCAACGUCGACUGUGACUCUUAAGUCCAAUUCUGGAAAGGCAGUCUUUGUCACAGUUGCUGUAAGUAUGGGGUGUUGGUAGCGAGGGUGCUGAAGCUACCCUCGCUCUCUGUCGCUCCCUUUUGUCAUGCCACUGCUCUUCCCUCCAGGCUUCUGCUCUCCUCACCCCUGUGCGCACCACGUGACGCCAGUUGCUGCGGUCAGCUGAGGCUGCUAACAAAAGUAGAACAUCGAUUAAUAAUGGAUAAUUUCCUUUCUGUACGUGUUUGAUGUUGUAGAACGGAUGCGAUGUGGUUUACGAAUCCAUAGGGGGAGAAAUGUUUGAUACCUGUGUCAAUAGGUAAGCAUUAUGAUCCAUUAAAUUAAAUUAUUCUCUCCUAUUUGAACACAGGUAGCCCAAGAUCGAAAUAUGAGCAUCGACAUUGUCGCGUAAUCUACUUCAAAAUAUAACGAUGUUUGUGCUCUCUAUAAUUCUUCACCACAGGAAUACCAAUGUAAAAUAACUCAAUCAACAGGUAUGGCAACCCAAAUGACUCCAGGUUUUAUCUGGCAGUAAAUCGCAUAACCGUCCAGACUUUUAGAGAGAAAAAACAACAACAAAGUCGAGUCUUUUUCGACGCUAUUUUUGAUGUCUACACUCACGUGGAUAACAGAGAAAGAGUUGGAGCUAGUAAUUGCAAACAAAGGAGACUAAUUUCGUUGCAAGAAAAACAUGAAAAUGUCAUAGCGGCGGUGAAAAAAUGAGACAUGCUAGCGGCCAGCUACGUAGGUGAAAAUGAGCGGCAGUGAAAAAAUUAAAAGCGAACAGGAACACAAGCAACAAAAUUUUUUGUGAGCACGUACGACAAUUCCGCCAUACAGAUAAUGCCGUAACCAUGAAGUUUCUCGCUUUAGUCGUGCAAAACAACAGCAAAGAAAUGUACAAAAAAGUUUGCUGCACGUGCAAAUUUUUUUUUUUUAAUGCUUAUUAUAGCUACACGUGCAAAUUUGUUUUUUUUUUGCUAAUAAGAGCUGUACGUGCAAAUUUGUUUUAGUGCUCUGAAUUAGACUAUUGAUUUUGACUUCAUUCUCAUUGUCGUCCCCGUUUAACAGUGCACGAUUUACUUUUUGGUUAUAAGUAUAUUAAGGGCCCAGUGACCUAUCUUUUGAAGCCGUUGUUAGGGAAAAAUUUUGGUGGGCUCCUUUCGUCAUGCAUUGGUCAUUUUAUAGCACUGUACUUUCUAGUGAUAUGCAAAUAUAAAUAUGACCUCAUCGGACCACGCCCACGCUCACGUGACCAGAUUCUUGUCUACGCCUCAACCAAGGCGGAUUCUUUUGAUUGUUCGUAGGUUUCUGUUAUUAAACCUUCUUGCCAAACCUCAAAUUCAGUGCAAAUAAAACUCCUGAGGAUAGUUCUAGGUACCACGCCACCCUGACUCGUAAUGUUUGUUGCUUUGUUUUCUGUCAAAUAAGAUUGGCGACGAAAGGCCGCUUGGUAACUAUUGGUUUCAUCACUGGCUACAAAUCCAAACUGGGAUUUUCCCCUGUCAAAAACGCUACUUUAAUCCCUAAGGUA